AUGGCCUCUGUGCUCCCGAAAAAGAGGGCCAUGCAAGGCUCAUCGAACAGAGGCAGCGCUGUUUACGACCUCAACCGCAGAGUCGUCUCUGGUAGAUCAGCCUCUGGCGCCCGCUCAGUUUCUGGCAGCCGCCAUGUUAGCCGAGGCGACAUGUUUGUGGCUGCCGAGGAUGACUCUUUCGCCGAGGAUGCUAUCGACUUCCAUGAAAACAAAAACACCAUCAUGUCUAAUUUCGAAGAGUGGAUCAAGCUCUCCACAGAUAAUAAGAUCACCCUGAAAAACUCGUGGCAGUUUGCGCUUAUAGACUAUUUCUACGACUUGAACGUGAUAAAAGAUGGUGACAACAUCAAUUUCCAGCGUGCAUCGGCCACGUUGGAUGGGUGCGUGAAGAUCUAUUCUAGUCGAGUGGAGUCCGUGGCCUCAGAGACAGGUAAGUUGCUUUCAGGACUAGCAAAGAAAAAAGGCGACGAGAAUGCUGAAGACAAAGACGAGGACGAUGAUCAAAAUAAUGGCGAACACGUUGACCCUGCUUCCCUUCGAAGAGAAAGAAGAGUCAACCGAGUGGUGGAGUCAACAUUGCUACUGGAAGAAGCACUACGAAUUAAAAAGCUCGACCAGGAGUUGGCCAUUGAUCCGCUUUUCAAAAAGGCCCUUUCGGACUUUGACGAAGGUGGUAUAAAGUCGCUAUUGCUCAAUACUCUAAGGAUAGACUCCUCCAUGAGAGUGGUUUUUGACGCCACAACCAAUGCACCCAAACAAACCACGGAAGAGGAGACUGAAGAAACAGACGACCAAGACCGACUAGAUUUGUACCUGGAUGAAGUCGAUGUGGGCAAACUCAAGGGCCUUGUCUUUCAAGACGAGUCUGAACUCGAGACAACUACAAUUGCACCAACAAUGCCAGAGCUUGAAGCGGUUUUCAACGAUAUUGGAAAUGCCAAGAGCGUUCUUGGUGAUGUCAACGCAAGAUUGGGUGCCGCUCAAGAAGAAAGCGCUGAACCCGAUCUAAAUAACAAUGACAACCAUGACUUCUUACUGCCAGCGAACGAUGGUUUUGAUGAUUAUGAACUCGGUAACGAUGAAAAUUCCCCCGGUAUGCCAGAAAACGGUCAAUUCAUGAAUUUUGCUAAUAUAGAUGCUGAGCUUGCGCAAGGGCCCGUCCCUGAUGAUGAUGAUGAUGAUGAUUUGGCCGGGAACAGUGAAGUUGUGACAGGGCAUGUGCUUGAUCAAGAUUUAAUGACGUACUUCGAUAAGACCAUGAAAGAUACCUGGAGAGGGCCUGAGCAUUGGCGAAUUGCUGCACUCAAAAAGCACAAAAAUUUCGACACGCCAAUCUCCAAUAAGUCUCGUGCAACCACUCCUCAAGUUGAAGGGGCGCCUGCUCAGCCGAAAAGAAAGCGGAAGGAGAACAUCACAAUUGAUUUCUUCAAAGACGAGGACGAGGACUACAUUGAAGAUAUUUUUCAGCAUGCUAAAAAGUCGGCGCCGAUUCUCCGACCAGCUGACUCAAUCGACACAAACGAAUACCACCUUUUACCGGACGACAUUCAGUUCAACUCAAAGAAAUUGGUGACCCUCUUCAUAAAGCCCAAUAGAUCAAUUGUUACGUUUUCCAGAAGAGCCAAGUCCUUACGAAAUGAUAACGACGUGUUGGAGAAGGCUGCGUACACCGAUCAAGCCUACUUUGCAGAGGAGUACCAGAAACAAGAGAGAGAACGCGAGGAGGAAGAACGACAAGAAAAGCUCGCAGCAUCCUUCCACCAGGCAGAAUUGGACGAUUACGAUAACUACGGUGAUAUUGAUUUCAAUGAUGUUCUAGGUGGUGCCGACCUGGCGAACGACGACAUCAAGCCCGAAAAUCAGUUUGUUACCGAAGGACGAAAAGCACGUCCAGAAUACGUAAACUUCUCCAGGGUCGCUAAACGAGUUGAUAUCAAGCUUCUCAAAGAUAAUUUGUGGAAAGCAAUUAAGCCAGAGACGAAAGAAACAUCGCCAGAACUCCCCAAUGCCGAGAAUGGUGAAGUUGUUCCUGCUAAGCAACCAGUGAAAAUCGAAACCCACUUUACCGACAUUGCACAAAAAAUUGGAACAAUGUAUAAACCCGAGGAGAAAAAAGACCUAUCUACUAGUUUUUGUUUCAUCUGCAUUCUACAUUUGGCAAAUGAGCAUAAGCUUGAUUUGCUGGUUAACGAUGCCCACGAUGACUUGCGCAUUUCGGGGUAUAGCGUUUAA